GUUGACGCGGCUCGUCUGUGUGAAAGCCCUGCUGCCGUCGCCUUGUCGAGUCAUCGCCAGAGAAGAGCAGAGAGCAGACGGAGCCGCCGUCCGAUGGCUUGAAAACUGGGAAUAACUGUGGAUCACAGCGGAUUUAUUGCGCCACACAAGCCAAGAGGAGCGAAACGGCGGUCACAGCAGCGGACUGGAUGUUGAUGCGGAUGAGGACAAAGCAUCUUUGAGUGACACUGUUGCCUUUUUGGUUGCGGUUGCAGACCCGGACACAGACAACACAGACAGACAGAAAGAAGUACCGGAGCCGCCGCGACACCAGCGAGCGAACUUGGCUCCACUGCCCGGUGGGAGGUGUCUGUCUGUCGGCUGCGGCUUGCUGCACAUACCGCUGACCGCCGACCUUUUUUAGAAGGAUAAGAUAGUAGCUAAGUUAUGCUUUUGUAAAUAGCUUCUUUUUCGGGGGUUUUCGGCAACCAACUGUGGCUUUAAUGUGACGCACUAUACUGACAUUUGUGCUGUCGGAGCGGACCCCCACUGCAGAGGAGUUACAGGCUUUUAAAUCAAGUUUUUACCUUCAUAUUUCUACGGAGACAACACAACCCACACCAAUGUGAUAGUGACAAGGGGCGAAGCAGAUCAAGCUGGGCCGGGCUAGGCCAGGCUUGGCCUCCCUAGUCUUCUGUCUGGCCCUGACCAGACGGGCCAGCGACCUUUCCAGCCGGUCCUGUUUUCAGCGAGCAGAGGGAGCUUCAGCCUGUUGCUACAGAAACUUCCCCAGACCUCCAUGUCAAGCUGUAACAGAUUGGAUUCCAAUCAUACUUUGUCUUAUCAGCCUUUGGGAGGCCAUACUGGUCUGUUAUAUCUCCUCUCCUUCCAUGUCGUGGAUGUCCCUCUCUGGAUGUUGGCAGCAGGAUGGAUUCGGGUGUUAAUUUGACGGUUGUCACCUCAUUGCAGUGCUUGCACCCCCCCUCCUUUGACUGGCUUUUGUCCCUUCCCUCCCCGAUCUUUAACCGAAAGCCCCUUCCUCUCUCUUGGGGCUUCCCUGAGCCCUGUACAGAGGGGCCCUGUAGGAACUGUACGUUGUCUUGUUGAAACAAUUGACAUUGCAAAGAGGAAGUAUAGUUACCUAUCCCCUUCCUUUUUCCUCACGCUUCAGUGGAGGUUGGAGAGAAGAAGUCCCGGGUACACAGUUUAAACAUACAUCCAUAACUCACUUAAAUUAAGUUCAUAUUUAUACAUACAGAAUUUCUUUUUUGUGGUCUGAUCCUCGAGGAAUAAUGUCUGAAAGCAGCAGCAAAGCGGUGAAAUUUAUUGCCCCGGCCCCCCCUCCUCCCUCUGCCUCUCCCUGUCCAUCACCCCAGACCGCCCAUAAGAAUGUGAACGGCUCCGCCAGUUCAGACUCGCAUGUGGUGGAGAAGCUCGGCGGACACCCCGAGGUCCAACGUCGUCGCCACACCAUGGACAGAGACUCCAAAAUAGCCGAGCACCGCUUCUUCCGCCGGAGUGUCAUUUGCGACUCCAAUGCCACAGCGUUGGACCUGCCCAGCAAAGCAGCUGUGAUACUCACCUCACCUCCAGACUGUGAAGGACCCCCGGUCUUCUUCCUCCCACAGCCCUCAGGUCCUGGACCCGGGGUCCGAGAUACUGAAGGCGGGGAGGUCCCAAGAGGUCCUUAUGUGCAAAGUUCGACCCUUCAGCCCGGUCUUGGGAUUGUUGGCGCGGUUGAGGAGGGGAACGUAGAAAAUGUGGAGGAAGACGUAGGUGAGUGCAGCAUCACGGUGGCUGUUCCCAGCAGUAGUAUUGUUGAAGAACGUAGUGCAGACGGGGCAGUAAAAGAACCCAGCCCGACAGUAUUGGAUGUUACCGACAAAACGAUAGGCAAACAGCCUGACGUCACAUUGCGUCCCAAAGAGUCAAAGGACACAAAACUGCUGGCAAAAGACGGAAAAGUGGUGGAACACGUGGACGGGGGUAGCGUUACUAGUCCGACUGAGGAGAAGGAGAGGUUGACGGAGGAGGAAAAGGAGCUAGCGAAAGCACGGGCAGAGCAGAGGGAGGCCGAGAAACGAGUGCAAGAGGAUAUUGAGGAGGUGGAGACAAAAGCUGUGGGGACUUCACCAGAUGGGCGCUUCCUGAAAUUUGACAUAGAGAUUGGAAGAGGGUCCUUUAAGACAGUCUACAAGGGGCUGGAUACAGAGACUACUGUGGAAGUGGCGUGGUGUGAGCUCCAGGAUCGCAAGCUGUCCAAGUCAGAGCGUCAGCGAUUUAAAGAGGAGGCCGGGAUGUUGAAGGGUCUCCAGCAUCCUAACAUUGUCCGCUUCUACGACUCCUGGGAGGGACCGUGCAAAGGAAAGAAAUGUAUUGUUCUGGUCACAGAGCUCAUGACAUCUGGCACUCUUAAAACCUACCUGAAGCGUUUCAAGGUGAUGAAAAUCAAGGUUCUGCGUUCAUGGUGCAGACAGAUCCUCAAAGGCCUUCACUUCCUGCACACCAGAGCCCCGCCCAUCAUUCACAGGGACCUGAAGUGCGACAACAUCUUCAUCACCGGGCCCACGGGCUCGGUGAAGAUAGGGGACCUGGGUUUAGCCACGCUAAAGAGGGCCUCUUUCGCAAAGAGUGUCAUAGGAACGCCUGAGUUUAUGGCUCCAGAGAUGUACGAGGAGAAGUACGAUGAAUCCGUAGACGUCUACGCCUUCGGGAUGUGCAUGCUGGAGAUGGCUACCUCAGAGUACCCCUACUCUGAAUGUCAAAACGCCGCCCAGAUCUACAAGCGGGUUACAAGUGGAGUGAAGCCUGGCAGUUUUGACAAGGUAGCCAUUCCUGAGGUGAAGGAAAUUAUAGAGGGCUGCAUCAGAACAAACAAGGAUGAGAGGUAUGCCAUAAAGAUCCUGUUGAACCACGCAUUCUUCCAGGAGGACACGGGGGUCAGAGUUGAACUGGCAGAGGAGGACGAUGGGGAAAUGAUUGCUAUCAAACUCUGGCUCAGGAUAGAAGAUGUGAAGAAGCUCAAAGGCAAAUACAAAGACAACGAAGCCAUCGAGUUCUCCUUUGACCUGAACAAGGACGUGCCUGAAGAUGUGGCCCAGGAAAUGGUUGAGUCUGGCUACGUGGCUGAGGCCGACCAUAAGACCAUGGCCAAGGCUAUCAAGGACCGCGUGUCUCUGAUCCGGCGGAAGAGAGAGCAGAGGCAGCUGGUACGAGAGGAGCAGGAGAAGAGAAAACUGGAGACUGAGCAACAACAGCUGCAGCAGAAACAACAACAACAACAACAACAACAACAACAGCAGCAGCAGCAACAGCAGCAGCAGCAGCAGCAACAACAACAACAGCAGCAACAAGAGGCGCACAAACCUUUACACACACAGACGGAGGCAGAGGAGACAGAAGUGGAGCAGCAGCAGAUUCUCUAUCAGCAGGCCGGCAUCUCACACACAUCUGAAGGAGGUCUGGACAGCGGCCAGGGUUCUUCAGUUUUCUCCUCAGACUCCCCCCACCUGGGUCAGCUGACCAUGUCUUACAGCUGCCCCCCCUCCUCCCACCCCCCUUCACAGCCCCAAACCCCCUACCCCUCCACCCCCUCCGCUAACCCGCAGCAGCACCCAGGCUACGCCCAGCCGCUGCAGCCAAUGCAGCAUUCAAUGCCGCACCCCUACAGCGGAGGAGGAAGCGCAGGAGGAGGAGCGGGAGGGAGCAUCCCCCUCCAAACUCUCCCAGACCCCCCUUCUAUUUUCUUCCCCUCCAUCCCCGAGCGCCCCAUUUCCUUCUCGCCUCCUCCCACCGGGCCUCCUAAGGCCUACAACACCCAGAGGCGCAAGAGCACGUCCAUUCUCGAAGCACACACUCGACACUUCCAGCCUGCUUACACUCGCUACGGGAGCAGCCUGCAUCCCUUCUCUGGGAUGGAGGGUGUUGAGACCCCCUCUCUCUUCAUGGUGAAUCCUGGUUUUGCAGCUGCUGCUCAAAGACUCGGCGUAGGGGAGCCGCUGCACCUCCAAGGACAAUCUGACCCAAGUCUGUACGGCUACAAAGACAUGAGAGCAGAGCACGAGGAAGCCGUGAGGAGAUUAAGUCUGAAUCAAGCUGCCUUAUUGGACCAUUAUGAAGCGAUGGCAUAUGGAGGAUACCCAAUGACUGCUCACCAGCUCGGCCACUUGAGUUUCCAUCAGCAGAGGCAAGCAGCAGCCGCAGCUGCUAGUCUGGGUUAUGAUCCUGUUCCACCACCUCAACCAGGGUUCUUGCACACUCACCUCAUGCAAAGAAUGAGUGCACACAGCCCAAUCCCCCCGACUCCCAUGAGUGCACCCACUGGCUCUUCCUCCUCAUCUGAUGGAUGCUAUCCUCCACUACAGCACGCUUCCUCUUCCGCGUUCCCUAUCUCUGCACCUCCAGUAAUGGCCGAAGCCCCACCGUCCACCGGAAGUGUCUUCGAGUUCCAUAUAGCCGCAGCCGCCGCAGCUGCUGCCGGAGACCCGAGCCUCCUGGCAUCCAGACUUUACCGAGCCCGAAGGAGCUCCAUGGACCUCCCUUUAGAAGACAACACUGGAGCUGGAUCAGGCGGUUCAGGCACGUACAGCCGACUCCAGCCGGUGACAGAAGAGCUGUACUCGUACAUCAGCCCCGAGCUCCCCUUACCUCCAGGAAGUCUUCUUCUUCACCACAUAGGUAUCGCCGCAAAAGACAGAAGCCCGGAUCCUUCUAGUGACUCUAUGGCCUCCUCUGACGCUGGCGAGUUCCAGUCUCCUCCUCCCCCACCCGUCCCCCCUCCCUUCGACUCUUCAGCCGCUCAGUCCAUCCCUCAUUCAUCUUCCGCCUCGCUCUACGAAUCCUCUGGAGGAGUGUUCCCCGUAGACCCCCAGGGACACCCACCCUCCAUGCAGAGCUUUCUCCCCACCACUCCAUCCACUGAGCUCGGGGGAGCAUCAUCAACCCAGCUGGACCCUCUGAUCCAGAGCGCCUGGGCUCGGCAUGGAGGGGUGAUACCAGCCCAACCCGAUAUGACAUACCAUGAGUCACUGCUGGCCAUGCAGGCCGCUAACCCCACUCUGCAGGUUCAGGUUCCCACCCCACAGCCCAGUCCAGGACCCCCUGUGGUCCCUGCCACCGCCCAGCCAGCUCCUCCUGGAACCCCCCAACAGGUUGUUUCAUCCAGUCACAGUGUUUCAUCAUUACAAAGCCCCACACACACGUCUCUGCCGCAGUCGUCUUCACAGCCCAGUAUAACUCCGUCUACCGUUUCCUUGGCGCCCAAUCUGCCGCCGUCCCUCCCAGUUACCACGCCGCCAGCGGCCGUGGCUUCCCCUCCCUCUCCUCUGCCACCUCCCGUCGUGGGGCUGCCUACUAUUGUUUCCCCUCCUCCUCCUCCUCUUCCUCCUCCUGUGCCCACACCUGUGCCUCAGCCAUUGGCCACCGUGGUGCCAAUCAUCAGUGUAGUCACCGCCCCGCCUGAUACUCCCAUGGAAGCCCCUCCCCAGUCUGCCUCUCAGUCUUCAGAGCUGUCCCAGUCCCAACUCCAGCCACCGCAGGUUCUCUCAUCAAUAGAGAGUGGCCACUCUGAGACUUCAGGUCUGAGUGACGGCAACGAGGGAGGAGGAGGCCGCCACGAAGGCCGCUCCACCAAGCGACACCAGAGACGCUCCGUGCGAAGUCGAUCACGCCAUGAGAAGAUCUCCAAGGCGAAACUCAAUGUCCUUAAUAUCUCCAACCGAGGAGACAGGGUAGCAGAGUGUCAGCUGGAGACACACAACAGGAAGAUGGUGACUUUCAGAUUUGAUCUGGAUGGAGACAACCCCGAGGAGAUCGCUCAGAUCAUGGUCCAGAGCGAGUUCAUCCUGGAGAGUGAGAGGGAGUCGUUCAUCGAGCAGGUCAGAGAGGUGAUAGAGAACGCAGAUGAGAAAGGUGUGGAGAGAGACAAAAGCAGCCAGAUGGCAGGUGAUAUGGCGCAGCAGAUUCCUGCUAUAUCUGUCCCUAUGCCAGACAUAACUCCCAGUGCAACAGCACAAGUGGUCCAUUCAGCAGGUCGGAGGUUCAUCGUCAGCCCCGUACCUGAAGCCAGGCUGAAGGAACAAAUGUUCCCCACAUCUCCUCCUGCGCCUGCACCUCCUGCCGAAACAGCUCCAGCUCCAGCUCCAUCUCAGCCUCCAGGCCAAGGUGUGGGACUGUCCCAGUCUGCUGGGUCCAUCAGUUUACAACAAGCCUUCUCUGAGCUCCGACAGAGCCAGAAUCAGUUUGAUCCGGGGCCAAGCACCGCUCCAGCUUCCAUCCACUCCACCCAUCCUCCGCUGCAGCCCGCCGCAGCUUCUGUCCCCUCGCAGACCAGCACGGUGGCUCCCGCUGCGGACGCCGCUGCUGGACUUGUCCCUUCUAGUUUAAACCAGGCACAGGAGCAGGUCUUGGAGCAGGUCUCUGUUCCUCCAUCUUCCGCCUCCUCUGUGCCUGCUGUCUGUCUCAGCCCUCCUUGUUCCUCCUCUCCUCCUCCCACCGUGGUGAAUCAGUCAAUCCUUCAGUCUCAGCCAGGGAUCCAGGCCGUGUCCCAACCCCAGGGACAGGUGCAGGUUCAGGGGCAAGCACAAAUUCCGCCCCAUGCUUUCAGCCAGCCUCAGCCUCAAACCGUCUCUGCUGUCACUGCUGCUUCAGCAGCCUCCACUUUACCACCUGCCAGCAUCUCCAGCAUCCCCCCCACUAUGCUCACCUCCCCUCCUGCCUCCCAGGCUCUUCCUCUGGUCUCCUCCCCUCCCUCCUCCGCCCCUCUAGCCAGUGAAGUCUCCUCCGAUCAUCCAUCAGUCUCUCCCAUCUCCUCCUCUACUCCUUCCCUCUCCACCUCGGCCAUCCCCGGCCCCCAGCUCGCUCCCUCUGCCGUCUCUCACCCCACUCCCCCCUCCUCCUCCUCUUCCUCCCCCGCUGUGGGGCUCCAGCCAGUGACCAGCAACGUUCCUUCAGUCCAGCCGACCCUGGUCCACUCCCAGCCGCAGACGGCAGCCCUGCCUGGACAGACACAUACACACUGUGGGGAAUGUGAUGCAAGGUGUGAGGCAUUCACCGAGUCUCAAGGCAAGCCGGACGACAUCCAGGCUCUGGAGAAGAAGCUGCGCUCUCUCUUCAUGGACCUGGGUGGAGGAGUGCCCUCCACCCAGGGAGACAUCAUAGCUGCUGACCCUGCCUCUGGAGCCCCCGUGCCAGGCACCUCGUCCCCAAUGGGCCCCUGCUCUACCUCCAGCACAUCUGUCACCACGCCCAGCUCCAGCCAGCCGGCCAAUCCUCCUCAGCCGCCCUCCACCCUGUCACUGGCGUCCCCUGCUCCGGUCCAGGGCCCUGGAACACCGAUCUCCACUCCUGCACCGAUCGUUUCUACAGUCAUCCCUGCUUCAUCCUUUGGCCAGACCACUCCAUCCAAAACCCCUUUAUCCAGGGUACCGGCCAGUUCUCCUCCUUCAGAACUCCUGCCAUCCUUCCCUGGACCUUGUCUAAUACAGUCCCAGCAGCCUCUGGAGGACCUGGAUGCUCAGUUGAGGAGAGCGCUGAGCCCAGAGACCGUUCCUGUCAGCACACACACACAGGCAUCUCACAGCGGCAUACCUUUAGCGGGACAACCAAUUCCCUUCUCUCUGGAGGAAGCAGCUGGGUCGUCUGGUCCUCCUCCAGGUGGAAUAAAACUGGGAAGAUUUCAGGUCUCGCUGGCUGCUGAAGCGCCUCCUGUCAAACCCCCGGCCUGCACUGAAUCUUCCUCCACCACCUCCUCCUCCUCGUCUUCCUCCUCCUCGUCCUCCUCCAGUCUCUCCAGCCCGGAGAACACACUGCACAAGGACUCCUCGUCUCCUCUGAGAGUGGGAGGAGGGAAAGGAGGAGACGUUGUGGACGGACUCCCGCAACGAACUCUAGGAGGGUCCCACCAUCCCUCCCCCCUGACCUCACCCUGCCCCUCUCCUAAGCCCACCACGACCAUCGGACGCUUCCAGGUUACCACAAACCCAGAGGCCCGUGUCGGUAGAUUCUCAGUCAGCCGUGCCCAGGAGCAGAGCCUUGAGACCAGGCAGACCCCUCCACCUGCCGCCCAGGCUGCUAAUGGACCCAGCAACCCCGUGCAGAUUUUGACUCCAGACUCCAGUCACAAAGCCUCGCUGCCGAGUCUAAACAACAACUCCUUCAAUAACUCCUACAUCAGCAGUGACAACGACUCCGAAUUUGAGGAUGAGGACUUCAAACGGGAAGUUACCAACCUCAGAGAAAAGCACAUGCGAGAGAUUCAGGCCCUGCACUCCCGUCAGAAGGAGGAAAUAGACUGUCUCUUUACCAGGCUGGGAAAGGUUCCUCCAGCUGCAGUGCUCCCUCCAGUUAUAGGCCUGACUGGCAGGAGACGACGACCUACCAAAAGCAAAUCCUCCAAAUCGUCCAGAACCAGCUCCACGCACAGCAGCAAGAGUCCGUUACAGCCAGGCAGCACUUUAUCCGCCCAGAGCGUCCCCACCAUGUACCCCGGCCAGCUGGCUCUGUUAGCCCCAGGAGGAUUAGCCGAUUCGGGCAGCAGUACUCUGCUCCAACCACUCAAACCCUCUCCCUCCAGCAACAACCUGUGUUCGGCCUACACCAGCGAGGCGGCGCUCUCUGUGCCCAGCCUGUGCGCUCCCACCCCAGGCUGUGUAAAGUUCAGCUGGGGUUCGGAGCGUAUGGCCUUCAAGCCUGGCGGCAGGAGGACGCGCUUUCUGAGUACGCCCUGCUUGGCUCUUUGGAAGAUGGUGAAAAAAGUCUGCCCCUGCAACCAGCUCUGUAGGACUAACAGCACCAAUGCAGUGAGCGGUUCAGGUGGUCUGGGUCAGAGCCAGGGGGGUUCUCAGUCUCUGCCCCCCAGCAUGUCAGCCCCCCACCAGAGGAAAGGAACCUUCACAGACGACCUCCAUAAACUUGUGGACAACUGGGCCAGAGACGCCAUGAACCUCUCACAGGGGAAGAGGAGUGCCAAACAGCUGCAGCAGGCUCCAGCACAGGGACACAGUUAUGAGGUCAUCCAGUCAGCCAGUCUGGGCAGGAAGUACUCUGCUCCCAGCCAGCUGUGUCCCAGCAGCAUCGGAGGUUCAGCUCACCUCCCUACAAACUCCACCACCGCUACCUCUCUGGCUGCCCGAAAGGGCUCCCUGUGCCACCCCCCCGCCUCCUCCACUCCACCUCAACCCCAACCUCCCCAGUUCAUCCACUACACCCCCACCGCUGCCUAUAGUGCACAAUGGUCUGGUCCGGCUCACGGCCUGUCAACCUCAAACCAGGCCCCAGCACAGCCUGGGCCUCUACUGGUCAGCACCUCCCAGCCCCUGGGCCCCUACCCCACCUCGGUGGGUGGACAGGGCCAGAUUCCCGGGCAGGGCCCGCUCCAGGCUUUCCAUCUGACCAGCUCGCUCCAGAAAUCAGUCAGCAACCCAGGAGGACCCAAUCUGAGGACCACGUAGGGCUCGGGGUGAGGGCUGGUUUGAAUCACGGCCCGGCUGGACUGGCCUGGACUGGUAUGGGACAGUGUAACGGGCUCAAUCGGCUGGAGAGGAUGGAAGAACUGGAGGAGCGCGGCGAGUAGAGGAGGAGUUUGAAAUGAUAGAAGCUGACCUUCUCAAGAGGAAAAAAAAAGAAAAAAAAGGAAUUGAAGAGGAGCGAAGAAAUCAGGAAUGCUACAUGGCCACACCCCCACUGUCUGUGUGCUGCAUCUCACCUCUGCAUCCAUGCAUGUGUGUGUGUGAGAAGCUGUAACAGACACAAACGCAGCAGAGAGGGAGGCUGCGUUUGACCACGGGCUUGUGACAGCCAGCCAAAUGCUCGAGGAUAAAGAAAGAGACUCAUGAGUGCAAUGUUAAAAGGCCAAAGAGGUUUUGACAGGGUGCGGGAUUGUCGUUAAUAACUUGUGUAUGCACGCUGACAGCUCGGUCACACUUGUUCCAUUUCAUGCUCUAAAUUGAACGAACAGGUCUUUACAGGGCGGGUCACAUGAUCGGCCUUGUGAGACAGCAGUGGAGAGAUGUUACAUCAGGUUGAGGGGGAGGAAUGUGGAGGCCAGCUUUAACAAAAACCAACUUUGUGUCCACACAGAUCCUCUUAAUAACUUCUGAUGCUUAAAAUACUCCAAACUUUUUCGUUCUCUCAAAGAAGAUAGAAAUCUAGUUUUCCAAAAAAGACAUUGGCAAUCUAUGAAGAGGUAUGGUGGAUGCAGAGAGGAGCGAGGCUGGCUCUCACAUUAAGGUUCUUAGUGUUUGAUGUCAACAUUAAACGAUGCACAAGAAGCUCCGUCACUGAAAUGAAGCACUGGCAGUGUUACUGCCAGCUGUUUGCAUCCCUUAAAGGUAUGCUUAAAGGCAUACUAUGCAGGAUUUGCUGUCUCUUUCUGUUUCUUGGCCUCACUAUAUUUGUGUUUUUCAGCGAUGUGUUCGCUGCUUUCAUAGCUUCAUUCCCAAAGAGUGAUGCCAAAACACAACAAAAUGAUAAGAAAAGAAAAAAUACAGAUAAAGGGCAGGGUCUCUGCAUAUACAGAUGCCGCCAGGGAUUGCUUUUGUAUUAGUCCAUUUAUUGUUUUUUAUAAAAAAUCCUGCAUAGUAAACCUUUAAAAGGAAGGGUGCAUAUUGCUUUAGGUGAGAGCAGAAUGGAGAUGUGUUUAGGAAGUCUUCAGUAUUCAGAAUUUGGAAAUAUUCCUCAAUUCAAAGCACAAAAAAAUUGCCACAAUCGCACAUUGAGAAAUUGAGCGUCUGGAGCUGAGCUGACCUGGAGCCCGGUUUAGAGCAGGUACAGUCCAGCACUCGUUGGGGGUUUUGACUCGUCAGCUUGAAAAAAUCGUGACUCCUCUGUUACCUUCUGUGUCUUGUUCCUCCCUUGUUCUGACAAACCAUUCAAACAGAUGGAGAGAGAUGGAGGAAAGAAAGAAAGUGGACGAAGAGGGGGGAGAGCAUCGACAGAGUGUUUGUAUUAAAUAACAACACCUCAUCUGUUUCCUUCUCCACUGCUUACUUUAGGAACACACUGGCUAAAGUAGCGAACGGACAGGACAGAUGCCUCUGCACAGCAAACGCCUCUUCAGCAUCACGACUCCACCUCUUCCUCCAUCCCUCUCUCCGCCUCUCUGUUGCCAUUUAAAGCAAUAACAGCAGAAACCUUUUAGAGGGGAAAAAAAGCCCAAACAUGAGAGAACUCAGCGUGAAUAAGUGGCCUUGUUAUCAGAAUAAUUUCAGAGUCCCUGUACAGUUUGUGUUUAUUUUUUAGAAUGUCAGCCAUGAUGAUUCCAUUUUGUUGUUUUUAUUUUGUUUUUUUGUUUUGUCGGGUUUUCGUUUUGCUCGCUGCCCCCAGCUAGCAAUCUGACACACACAAACACACACAAAAUGCAUGAGACAUUCAUAUAAACAAACACACCUGCAUACACACACACAGUCAUGCACAGACUCAUGUAAAUACACACACACACACAUCGUUGGAGGCGUAGCAGCAGUUUAACAGACAGAUUCACAGACUAAUGCCUCAGUUCUUCGUGUCAUCAUUAGGUUGGUUUCAACGUUUGUGUUGAAAUGAUUGCAAUGUACAUUGUUGUCAUGAUUAUUGUUGUUAAUGAUUAU